AUGCCCUUAAAAUCGUUAAUAGACAGUGAUGCCGAUAUGUUAGCUGAUAGGAAAGCCGAAUAUGAUCAGCUUAAACGUGCCUUACAUCUUGCUCAGGCGGAUAGAGAACAUUAUGUAGUGGAAAUGCAGUCUGCCAUGAUUAAAUUAAAAAAGUCUAUUGAAUUACUUGAAGCUGAAAGGGAUGAACUCCAAAAUCAGAUAUUGGUCAUUGAUAGUAAAGGCAACCAGACAAAAGACGAAAAAGUUAAAGGUGAUUUGGUCAAUAUGAUUGAAAACAAGGAGUGGCUACAGGAGAAAAUCGUGAAAGAAAAAUCAAAGCAUGAAGAAUUAAAUGAUAAAAUUCGUGUUUUGCAGAAAAAUUUGUCAGCACUGAUUCGUACCAUCGGAUCAAGUCACGAUGCCCAAACAUCUUUGAAUACACUCCUCAAAAAGCAAGCCUAUCUUGAAAAUCAGGUCAUUCUUGCUAAUAAAACGUAUAAUGAAUUCUUGGGAAAGAAUUUAGAAUUGAGGAGUGAUAUAGAUACUUUGCAAAUGGAAAGAGAUCAAUUUGAUUCAAUGUAUCAUAAGAUUGUUGACGCAUUGUCAAGAAUGAAAAAUGAAAUAAAUACACUUACUGACCUUACCACUCAAGCGUAUUAUAAAAGGUAA